GCUCCACUCCUAGGGAGGCCGGGUGAGGGGGCACCCCUCAGCCUUUGGGAGCUCCGCCCUUUCCCCCCACCCCACCCAAUCUCUGCCCGCCGCUUGGUCCCUGGCCUCCCGGCCGGGCUCCCGACUCCUGCCGUGCAAGUCCCAGGGGUGGAGACGGAGCUCGGAGAGGGACCCGACGGCAGGGACUUAGAUGCCGGACGCAGCAGGAAGACACGGGGCGGCAGGCCCGGAGAGGGGCACAGUCAGGGAGCAGGGGACAGCUGAGUCCCAGCAUGGCCAGCCCUGGGGAGCCCACCGGGGCUGGGCCUGAGGAGGAGGAGGAGGAGGAGGAAGGAGACCUGUCCCGGGAGGCUCCCAAUCCCUCAGGCGGGGCUGGGGACACUGAGACCAUGGCAGAUUCCGGGGAAAUGCUGGAGAAGGCCCGUGAGCUCUUCCUACUCUGUGAUAAGGAGGCCAAGGGUUUCAUCACCAAAAUGGACCUCCAGAGGCUGCAAAAUGAGCUCCCGCUGACCCCAGAGCAGCUAGAAUCUGUAUUUGAGAGUCUCGAUCAAGCACACACAGGCUUCUUGACGCCCCGAGAAUUCAGCAUGGGCUUGGGAGCAUUUGUGGGAGUGGACAUGCCUGGGGGGUCCCCCUCCGUGGAGCCUGAGGAGGAGACCUUUGAGUCUGGCUGGCCUGACGACGGUUCAGGGCCCAGAGCGUCCGAGGAGGAAGAAGCUGCGGCAGAGGAAGACCGUUUCUGGGCCGCCAUGGAGCAGCUGGGGGCCGCCCAUAUCCUGGGGGAGCAGUAUAAGGUGCGGGCCCUGUGGGCCCAGCUGCGGCGAGAGCACCCAGAGCUCCUGGGCAGCUUUGAGGAGGUACUGGUACAGGUGUCCUCCUGCCUGGGGGAGGCAGUGCGGGCCAGGGAGAUGGUGGAGCAGGCCCUGUGGAGGAGAGAGAGUGACCACGAGAAGGAAGUUCGGUGUCUAUAUGAGGAAAUGGAGCAGCAGAUCUGCGCCGAACGAGAGCGGCUGCAGAACCAGGACUCCUCCCGUCAAGACCGGGUCAGUCACAUCCUGCAAGAACUGCAGAAUAGGGACCAAGAGCUUGAUCAGGCCAGCCGGCGGCAGAGCGAGCUAGAGCAGCGGCUGCAGCAGCAGACCUCGGAGCAGCUGGAGAUGCAGGUGCGGAACGCCCAGCUCUGGCUGGCCAAUGAGGAGCUCCGGACGCAGCUGGAGCAGAGCCGGGCCCAGCUAGAAGCGGCUCAGGGGCAGCUGCUGCGGCUGCAGGCAGAGACUCAGACCGACAAGGCACAGAAGCGCAGGGAUGUGGUUGUUGUGUCCAGGAACAUGCAGAAGGAGAAGCACAGCCUCCUCCGACAGCUGGAGCUGCUGAGGGACCUGAACAGAAGGCUGCGGGAUGACAGAGAUGCCUUCGAGGCCAAGAAACUGCUCCUGGCCCAGGAAGCCACAGCUCUCCUGGUCCCAAGCCCGACUGCAUUAGGCCUGGGCCUCAACCCACAAGAUGAAGGAUUAAACCCCAACGACACCGUCCCCUUUUCUGUCCUGUCCUGAGUGGAACACAUCGAAGCACCCCCACUCCCAAAUAAACCCACUGACUGCA